CCCAACAACAUAUGGCCCAUUCAGAACAAAAUCCAGUUAGUUGGUAGUCUUCGGAGUUCGGAAUUGUUUGCUCUCACCUCCCGCGCAAAAUCGCCGUCGAACAAACAGCGAAAAAUGGAUACUCUCCAAGCAUCCUACAACGACGGAGAAGGAAUGGAAGAGCGCGCCGCCACCGAGUUCGAAACCCCUAGCUCCUCUCCAGACUCCUCUCCGCCGCGUCUCCUUCCAGCGAAAUCCACCGCUCCGGAUGAAUCACAAGUUAGGGUUUGUGGAAGACGCAACAUCGAGCGGGCAUACGAAGGGUGUUUCCGCCAUCAGAUUCUUCCCCAAAUCUGGGCAUUUGAUUCUCUCAGCUGGGAUGGACACGAAGGUGAAGAUCUGGGAUGUGUUCAAUUUAGGCUAGUGUAUGAGAACUUACAUGAGUCGUUCAUUCUAAGGCAGUUAGAGACAUAUGUUACACGAAUGAUGGGACUAAGUUUCUGUCCGCUGGGUAUGAUAAGAAUAUCUAGUAUUGGGAUACUGAGACUGGUCAGGUGAUUUCAAAAUUUUCAACCUCGAAAGGUUCCUUAUGUUGUUAAGUUGAAUCCUGAUGAAGAUAAGCAGAAUGUAUUGUUGGCCGGGAUGAGUGAUAAGAAAAUAGUGCAGUGGGAUAUGAAUAGUGGCCAGAUCACUCAAGAGUAUGAUGCAUUUAGGGGCAGUGAACACCAUCACUUUCGUGGAUAACAGCAGUAGAUUCAUCGCAUCAAGCGAUGAUAAAUCGCUUUGUGUGGGAAUUCAGGAUACCUGCUGUGAUAAAGUAUAUCAGUAAGCCUCACGUGCAUUCCAUGCCUUCGAUAUCUGUUCAUCCCAAUUCAAACUGGCUAGCAGCACAGAGUUUGGAUAACCAAAUAUUAUAUAUAGCACUAGGUAAAGGUUUCAGUUGAAUAAGAAGAAGAGGUUUGCUGGACACAUUGUAUGAGGAUAUGCCUGCCAGGUCAAUUUCUCUCCCGACGGGCGGUUUGUUAUGUCGGGAGAUGGUGAGGGUAGGUGUUGGUUCUGGCGGCCCGGGGCUGGCUUUUUGGGAAGUCCGGGACUGGAAGAGCUGCAAAGUUUUCAAGACCUUAAAAUGCCAUGAACAAGUGUGCAUUGGGUGUGAAUGGCAUCAAUUGGAACAAAGUAAAGUGGCUACCUGCAGUUGGGAUGGCUUGAUUAAGUACUGGUAAGGUUUUCUAUUACCUCCUGUGAAUUAGUUUCCCUGCAAGCACAUUUAUUGUUGUUGUCCAUAAUCCAAUCACACACAUACCUGCUGAUGUGGAUUGGGAGGAAAACAUCAUAACUGUGAAAUCUACCUGAGAUAUUCAAUUGGGCUUUCCAGUUUAAGGGUAAUGUGGCAUGUUUGUUUCCCGUUUACUGAACUAAAAUGGCACUUUGCAUACAAGUUCUAGAUACAUCAUGGUACUUUCUGGAAGGGCAAGCCUAACAUUUCAUAUCUUCUUUGUGACCACGGGGAUUAGUUCUGACUUCUGAACAUGGCUGUAUUUGCAUAUGGAAAGAGGAGAUGUCACUGGAAAGAGGACCUGCAUGUGCAUCACUGCUGGGGCAUCAACUGGCUUCCAAAUGUAUUGGUGUCGGAAAUGGGGAAAGGUGAUGCAAUGAAUUUGGAUGUGAUGGAUCUUUCAUCUCCUGCUUCGUCGUUGCUCUGAGGGUUCUCUUCCGAGUAUUGUAUUCUAGAGGUGAUUGCCAUUUUGCUACUAUUGGAGUUCCAUAAUCCAUAGUAUCAAUAGGUAUUGUCCAAUGAGUCUACCUGGAAAUUAUCACUUCGUAUUAGCAGUGAACUUAUCAUCGUUGAGUGAUUAACAGAAAUAAUACGUGUUGAUGCUGGACUUGCAUAUAGCAAUAUACGGUAUUUUCCCCUCCUCUAAUUUCUAUUAAGUAUGACUUGAAUGUCGAAGGGUCCUCAAUCAGUAUACAGUGUUCAAGAACACUCGCCUAGGCGCGUUUAGUAGCUAGGCGAGGAGGAAACAUGGAGAGGAAGCCUGGGCGAAGUUGCUGGGCGCAAUAAAUGCGGAAUCGCGUU